AUGGAUAUAGAUGUGGAGUCAGAGCUCAUUUCACUCAUUUCUCAACUAAUUAACGCCGCCGAUGAUGACAGUACUGAUUCCGGAACAGAUUCAGAUUCAGAGUUGGAGGAGUAUCGGAAUGUAAAGUUCAUAAGGAUCAUAACACCGUUGAUUCAGAUCAUCUCUGUCGUCAGAUCUGUUGAUUUCGAUGCCUUGCCGAAGAAGCCUGAGUCGAAGCUCAUGUCCCUCGUCGCUCAAGCAGUCUCUCUCUUCAAGCAUGAUUCCCUGCCGGAGCCUCUUUCGAAGCUCAUAUCACUAAUCUCAAGAAAAAUCUCCAUGUCUGACUCUGAUUUGUUCUUCCCCAUAGUCCUUCGCCGAACACUCGGACUAGACCCAGCUCCAAAGCUCGUAUCACUCGUCCGUGAAUCUAUAUGA